AUGUCCUUGUUGCGAGUCGUGCGCGUCGGCGGCGUGCUGUCCAAGGCGGCAACUCCUGCGGGGGCGAGAUCCUUCUCUCAGUUCAUUGGUGGCGGCGUGGACUCGUCGAGCAACCACGUGACGUCCCGGACCAACGAAUCGGUUGUGUUUCAAUCCAAUUCCAAGUGGCCUUGGUAUGCUGGCAAGGGGGCGGCCGUGCAAGUGUAUGCCGCGGCGGCCUUCACGGCUCAAAUCUUGUUCACGUUGCCCGAAGGCGCGACCAAUCUUGAGAUCUUUGCGUCCGCAGGGCCAUUGGUGAGUGCAUCUGCGUUCUUGUUCUACGGCACCAAGUACCUGUGCGAGCGUGUGAUUUCAACGGUGGCAGUAUGUCGAACCAUCGGCCAACGAGAUGAGUUCUUAAAGAUCACCGUGGACGGCGUGUUCGCGCCCAAGUCCUUUCAAGUGCUUCCUCGGGACGUCAAGGUGGUCUCCAAAGACUCGAACGGCAUGUACUCGAUCAAAAUCCAGCGCACCACGUUUUGGCUCGACUCGGGCAAAGCCGCCAAACUCGAAGCCAAGAGCCUCGACAUCGUCCUCAGCGGCAAGCCACUACUCGUGCGCCACGUCAAGCAGCCCAAACACUCGCGACGAUAAACGACAACGAUAUUAUCUUCUUGCUAAGACAACAUCGAUACCUGCCUAGCACUACUAUCCCUAACAAGAUAAGCGAGACUACUCGUCGUCGCUGCUUUCUUCGUCGC